CGACGUAUAUUCACACAAAAACAAGCGCACUUAAGACCUUUUAGAAUGGGCAGAUUCGCAGUGACGCGAUAAGGUGCGCGUUUGAAUUUAAACUUUAUUGCGUUACAAUAAGGUCGUAUUAGAUUGUAAGGAAUCUUCCGUCUCGGUCCGAUAUUACGCAUGCCAGUUACCAGCAGCUGUCAUUGAGUGAAGACGUGUCAUUGUUUGUUUAAAACGCCAUUUUGUUGUAAAUUAUUGCAAUUUGAAUAGAAAAAUAUUGAGAAUAGGCAAUGGAAAUAAAAUUGGAAAAGACUCGAGUAGAUUCCGAAUACCUAAUACUAACUAUAAAAAAACACGGAUGUAUAUGGAACAGAAACUGUCCAGAGUAUCACAUGAAAGGUACCAAAGAGGAAGCUUGGAAUCAGAUCUGUGAGGAGUUGAUACCAGGGUGGCAGGAUUUGGCAGAAUCGGCGAAAGUUACUAAACAAUGGGAGCUAAAAAAGCGCUGGAACAACAUACGGGACUAUUACAAGAAAGACUUGGCGCUAACGCUCAGUGGCGCCAUCGGACAGACGAAGAGAAAGAGAUACGUCUUCUCCGAGACGCUGGAUUUCCUCAGGCCGCUCAUGGACCAAUCACAGAUCGAAAAACAAGAAGAACAGGAUGGACAAGAAAUAUAUCUAGAAGAACAUUUGUACAGCUCUGACGAAGACAAUUCUGUUUUAAGAAGAAAAGAAAUACGAGAAAAAGAAAUUUCAGAAGAUAACAAAAAUACAUAUGCCAUACCAACAAGGAGUACAGAUCUAGAAGACAGUGAUUGGUUGUUUUUUAGAAGUUUAAUGUCUGACGUGAAGGAAAUGGAUAAAGCACAGAAAUUGGAAUUCAGAAUGGGGGUUUUGAAGAUCAUUAAAGAUAUUGUGGUUCAAAAUAGAGAUGGAUAUGAUGAUGAUAGUAAAAAUCCGUUGAAAUAGAGAUUGAUAUGAUACC